GCGUUGCCCGAGAGAGGUGGGGGGGGCUUUGUGCGCGGCGGCGGCGGCGGCGGGAGCGAGCUAGCGAGCGAGCGAGCGACGACGACGACGACGGCGAAGGCGAAGAAGACGACCAGGACGGGGGGGGUAGAAGAAGACCGCGGUGGGAGAGCGAGAAAGCGAGCGAGCAAGUCCCCUCGACCCUCUGCAGCCGCCGCCAGCCCAGCCGCUCGCCCCAGGCUCUUCUUCGGCAGCAGCGGCUGCGCAGCCACCCCACCCCCCCUCUUUCCUCCCCCUCCCUUCCCCCUCCCCUCCCGCAGCUCCUCUGCCCCUCCCCCACUCCCGUCCGGGCCGCGGCCCCACGGUUCGGGCCGCGAUGGCAGCGGCACCCGGCGCGGAGGAAAUUUAGGCCGGGGAUUCAUGCGGCCUGGUCUGACUCCGACUCCUCCCCCCUCGGCCUCGGCUGUGCCCCGCGCUCCGGCCCCCCUCUGGGCCCCCGUGUCUCUCCUGUGAUCGCACUGACACGGCCGGGGGGUUAGAAUGGAACAGACUGAAGGCCCUAUGAGAGAAAGGGAAAGUUAAGGAUGCUGGAGCAGAACAAUGGAUUUCUCUUUCUCUUUCAUGCAAGGGAUCAUGGGAAACACAAUUCAGCAACCACCUCAACUCAUUGACUCAGCCAACAUCCGUCAGGAGGAUGCCUUUGAUAAUAGCAGUGAUAUUGUUGAAGAUGGUGGCCAGACACCAUAUGAAACCAGCCUGCAGCAAACUUUUCAGUACCCACCUACCACAGAGGAGCUUCCUCCGAUUACAAAUGGCUAUCCACCCUCAAUCAGCAUGUAUGAACCUCAAGCCAAAUACCAGACAUAUAGUCAGUAUCCCAAUGGGUCAGCCAAUGGUUUUGGUGCAGUUAGAAACUUUAGCCCCACUGACUAUUACCAUACUGAAAUUUCAAACACAAGACCACAUGAAGUUCUGGAAAAACCUUCCCCUCAACAGCCACCACCUCCUCCUUCGGUACCACAAACUGUGAUUCCAAAGAAGACUGGCUCACCAGAAAUUAAAUUAAAAAUAACCAAAACUAUCCAGAAUGGCAGGGAAUUGUUUGAGUCCUCCCUCUGUGGAGACCUUUUAAAUGAAGUACAGGCAAGUGAGUACGCAAAAUCAAAACAUGAAGGCAGAAAAGAAAAGAGGAAAAAAAGUAACAAGCAUGACUCUUCUAGAUCAGAAGAGCGCAAGUCGCACAAAAUUCCCAAAUUAGAACCAGAGGAGCAAAAUAGACCAAAUGAGAGGGUUAACAUUCUAUCUGAAAAACCAAGAGAAGAUACUAUGGUAUUAGAAGAAACACCGGUUCAACAGUACCUACCUUCCCUUCCAGCAGAAGUGAGCACUGGUGUGAAGUUCCAAGUUGGUGACCUUGUCUGGUCUAAAGUAGGAACCUAUCCUUGGUGGCCUUGUAUGGUUUCAAGUGAUCCCCAACUUGAGGUUCAUACCAAAAUUAAUACAAGAGGGGCCCGGGAGUACCAUGUCCAAUUUUUCAGCAACCAGCCUGAGCGAGCAUGGGUCCAUGAAAAGCGGGUACGAGAGUACAAAGGACACAAACAGUAUGAACAGUUACUAGCCGAAGCUACUAAACAAGCCAGCAAUCACUCUGAGAAACAAAAGAUUCGGAAACCCCGACCUCAGCGGGAGAGGGCCCAGUGGGAUAUUGGCAUUGCCCAUGCAGAAAAAGCAUUGAAAAUGACCCGAGAAGAAAGAAUAGAACAAUAUACUUUCAUCUAUGUUGACAAACAGCCUGAGGAAGUGUUAUCCCAAGCAAAAAAGAGUGCUGCCUCCAAAACAGAAGUGAAAAAGAACCGGAGACCUAAAGCAGUGCUGAACACUCAGCCAGAACAGAGCAAUGCAGGGGAGGCAGCCUCCUCACUGUCAAGUACUGAGAUACGGAGACACAGCCAGAGGCGGCAUACAAGUGUGGAAGAGGAAGAGCCACCCCCUGUUAAAAUAGCAUGGAAAACAGCAGCAGCAAGGAAAUCUUUACCGGCUUCUAUUACAAUGCACAAAGGCAGCCUGGAUCUGCAGAAGUGCAACAUGUCUCCAGUUGUAAAAAUUGAACAAGUAUUUGCUCUUCAGAAUGCUGCGGGAGAUGGGAAAUUCAUUGAUCAGUUUGUUUAUUCGACAAAGGGAGUUGGUAACAAAACGGAAAUAAGUGUCAGGGGACAAGACAAACUUAUCAUUUCUACACCAAACCAGAGAAAUGAAAAAACAACUCAGAAUGUAUCAUCUCCUGAAACAACAUCUGGGUCCACAGGUUCCGUAGAAAAGAAGCAGCAGAGAAGAUCAAUUAGAACUCGUUCUGAAUCUGAGAAAUCCACUGAGGUUGUGCCAAAGAAGAAGAUCAAAAAGGAGCAGGUUGAAACAGUUCCACAGACUACAAUGAAGACAGGAUUACAGAAAGGUGCCAGCGAGAUUUCAGAUUCCUGUAAACCUCUAAAGAAAAGGAGUCGCGCCUCAACUGAUGUAGAAAUGACUAGUUCAGCGUACAGAGACACAUCUGACUCCGAUUCUAGAGGACUUAAUGAUUUGCAAGUAAGCUUUGGAAAGCAAUUAGAUAGUCCUUCAGCUGCAGCUGAUGCUGAUGCCUCUGAUGUGCAGUCAGUAGAUUCGAGUAUAUCAAGAAGAGGAACUGGAACCAAUAAGAAAGACACUGUGUGUCAGAUCUGUGAAAACUAUGGUGACUCUCUGGUUGUUUGUGAGGGGGAAUGCUGUAAACACUUUCAUCUCGAUUGCCUGGGGCUGUCAUCUCUCCCUGAGGGAAGGUUCCUCUGCACCGAAUGUAAAACUGGGCAUCAUACUUGUUUCUCUUGUAAGGUUCCUGGUAAAGAUGUGAAGCGUUGUUCUGUUACUACCUGUGGUAAAUUUUACCAUGAGACUUGUGUUCGCAAAUUUGCUACUGCUGUCUUUGAGUCUAGAGGAUUCCGCUGUCCUCAGCACUGCUGCUCUACUUGUUCCAUGGAGAAAGAUAUCCACAAAGCAAGCAAAGCAGGUCGCAUGAUGAGAUGUUUAAGAUGUCCAAUUGCCUAUCAUUCAGGAGAUGGCUGCAUAGCUGCAGGAAGUCUAUUUGUGUCCUCCUACGUUCUCAUCUGUAGUAACCAUUCCAAGAGGAGCAGUCAUUCUUCCUCCACUGUAAAUGUAGGCUUUUGUUUCGUUUGUGCAAGAGGGCUGAUAGUUCAGGAUCAUUCAGACCCCAUGUUCAGUUCAUAUGCCUAUAAGUCCCACUAUCUACUGAAUGAAUCAAAUCGUGCUGAGUUGAAAUUACCUAUGAUUCCUUCUUCGUCAGCUUCCAAAAAGAAAUGUGAGAAAGGUGGAAAACUGUUGUGCUGUGAAUCGUGCCCAGCUUCCUUCCACCCAGAAUGCCUCAGCAUAGAGAUGCCAGAGGGCUGCUGGAACUGUAAUGAUUGUAAAGCUGGCAAGAAACUCCAUUACAAGCAGAUUGUGUGGGUCAAGUUGGGAAACUACAGGUGGUGGCCAGCAGAGAUCUGCAAUCCCAGGUCCGUGCCUCUUAACAUCCAAGGCCUUAAACAUGACUUGGGGGACUUUCCUGUGUUCUUCUUUGGUUCUCAUGACUACUAUUGGGUGCACCAGGGCAGAGUGUUCCCAUAUGUUGAAGGAGACAAAAGCUUUGCUGAGGGGCAAACUAGUAUUAACAAGACCUUCAAAAAAGCACUUGAGGAAGCUGCAAAACGUUUCCAGGAGCUGAAAGCACAAAGAGAAAGUAAAGAAGCCUUGGAACUGGAAAGAAAUUCAAGAAAACCCCCACCCUACAAACACAUUAAAGCCAACAAAGUGAUAGGAAAGGUUCAGAUCCAAGUGGCUGACCUAUCUGAGAUCCCUCGCUGUAAUUGCAAGCCUGCUGAUGAAAACCCCUGUGGCCUGGAAUCAGAGUGCUUGAACCGCAUGUUGCAAUAUGAGUGUCACCCCCAAGUAUGCCCAGCUGGUGACCGGUGCCAGAACCAGUGCUUCACCAAAAGGCUCUAUCCUGAUGCAGAAGUCAUCAAGACAGAGAGACGAGGCUGGGGCCUGAGGACCAAGAGGAGCAUCAAGAAGGGUGAAUUCGUAAAUGAAUAUGUUGGUGAGUUAAUCGAUGAAGAAGAAUGCAGAUUGCGAAUCAAACGUGCCCAUGAGAACAGCAUAACUAAUUUUUAUAUGUUAACAGUUACCAAGGACCGUAUAAUUGAUGCUGGCCCAAAAGGGAAUUAUUCUCGCUUUAUGAACCAUAGUUGCAAUCCAAACUGUGAAACUCAGAAGUGGACGGUGAAUGGGGAUAUUCGUGUUGGACUUUUUGCUCUUUGUGAUAUUCCUGCAGGGGUAGAGUUAACAUUCAAUUAUAACCUGGAUUGCCUGGGCAAUGGCAGGACUGAGUGUCACUGUGGAGCUGACAACUGCAGCGGCUUUCUAGGAGUUCGGCCAAAGACGGCAUUUGCGUCAGCAAAUGAAGAAAAAGCAAAAAAUGCCAAGUUGAAGCAGAAGAAACGGAAAAUCAAAACAGAACAGAAGCAGAUGCAUGAGGAUUAUUGUUUUCAGUGUGGAGAUGGAGGAGAGCUGGUCAUGUGCGACAAAAAAGACUGUCCAAAAGCAUACCACCUCCUAUGCCUUAACCUGACUCAGCCACCAUAUGGAAAGUGGGAAUGUCCCUGGCAUCAGUGUGACACAUGCAGCAACUCUGCAGUUUCUUUCUGUGAGUUCUGUCCACGUUCAUUUUGUAAAGAUCAUGAGAAAGGGGCUUUGGUGCCCUCUGCACUGGAAGGUCGUCUCUGCUGCUCUAAACAUAACCCCAAAUCUCCUGUGGCACCAGAGUACUGGAACAAGAUAAGAUGCAAAUUGGAAUCACAAGAUCCUGGAGAUGAAGUGAAGGAAUGAAUUUACGGUGUUUUUAUUUUUUAUUUUAAUUCUUUUUUGAAAAGAAAGAAAAAGGUAAAAAGUAAAUAGGUGAUGAGAUGAUAAAGAAGACACUGUCAUAAUGUACUUAGUCUAUCACUUGAGCUGGCUUUGUAACUAGAAUGGAGGAGUUAUGUGAUAUGGGCAGCCAGAGGUAGACAGUGGUGCCUGCAUUUUGAUUGGUUUAUGAUAGGGGUUGGGGAGUAGGGUGGGGGGAUUAAAUUCUGUGUAUGUUUUCCUUGCCCUUAAAUGUGCUUCUGCAGCUGAAAAACAGAUAUACCUUGACCUUUAAAAAAGAAAAUGAGAAAAUACAUUUAUGUCAGUAAAUAGGAAUUUCAAGUUUAAAAUAUGUUCCUGAGUGUAGAAGGCAAAAGUAGUCACCACUCCUUUAUUUUAAUUUUAAGGAAUCUUGAGAAAUAUGACUUAGAUAGUUUAAUCAGUAUGUUUAAAGAAAAAGUUAGGGGUGGGGGGUAGGGAGAGUAGGAACUCCACUUCACUUCUGGAAUACUCCAGAAAAGGGUAUGAUAGUCUUUGCAUACAGUUUUAUAAACAUUAAUUUAGGCUAACUCCUUGUGGCCCUUCAGAAUUCUGUGGUGGUCUUGGAAGUUGGGGUGGGGUUGGUCAAUCUGGCUGUAAACAAAAUGCCUCUUGCUAUUGAGUGGACCUCUCUGGGCUCCAUGAGAGCAUUAUUUAAGUUAUUAAUGGGGAUAGAACACGUCAAAAAAAAUUGCAGGAUGACUACUCACUGGUUUUUAAAUGCUUUUUGUUGAUGCUAACUUUUUACAAAUGACGUGUGUGUGUAUGGGUAUGAAGAAGCAGGAAGAACAGCUAUCCUUACCAUACUGCCACACUGAUGUAGGCCAUUAAAAGGAGAUGAGAUGCAACCAACUCAAAACCUUCUACUGGGGUCAUCAUCCCCAUCAUAUGCAGAUGAUAAGCUUAUCUGGAGAGGAAUGAUGGGCUUUAUCUUUUUCCUUUUCUUUUUAGCCCCUUCCUCACCUUAACAAAACAUUCCUUUUCUUAGCUGACUAGUCCAGCCUUGUUUCUUGGUGGAAAAUACACAGAUAUACUUUGAAUUGUAUUUCAGUAGCUCUUCUUAGUUGUGAUGGAUGAAUUUAAAAGGCUAUAUUUAAACAGUUUUCAUUGAUUGUUAUCUUAGUACUUAACGUUACCCCACUGUUAGGAAACAAAUAGCACUUCUAAUUCCACAGGGUAUGAAACAGUAACAUAAAUGCACUUGUUCUUUACCAAUCUUCUGGGAAAAGCUCCCAGGGGAGUCAGUGUUAACGAAAGGUGUUGGCUGUGAUUUAUAAUUUGCUAGUAUGCCAAGACAUCUAUCUUACUCAUGGAAUUCAUUCAUUUUUAGGCCUCUAGGAAUAUGUAUCCCAAUAUUCUCCAUGAAAAAAAACCCAACAACUAAAUAACACAAGAUAUGGUAAUAUCAUUGUGUUAAGUGUCCUGUGUUCCUUUCUUUGAGUUUUGAUGGAAUAGAAAGAACUGCAGGCACAAGGUAGCAUCCCCUUCCUUCCAAGGACCCACUUAGGAAUACAGAAAAGAAAUUGAAUCCACCUCAGCGUCCCUUCCAUACUUGGGGCAAUUAUAUUAUUGUAUGGAUUCCUUUUUCUACAUCAGUUUAAAGCACUCUUAACUGAAACAAAAUGGAAAGUAAGAAGGAAAAUUCAGUUUUGUGCCUCUAUGCACAUAUAUGGAUGAAUGGACACGUGUGUGUACUGGAUUUUAUCUUUAAAAAAUAGAACACUAUGAUUACCUUAAGCACUUGAACUCCCAAUGUCCCCGAAAGGACUUACUGGGCCUCCUGUAAUUGGUUUUUCUUUUUUUGUUAAAGGAAUUAAUUACUCCAGUAAAACUCAGUUCCCUGCGUUUUACCACAGUGGCAAGAGCUAAAUGGAAAAUGCUAUCUGUGUCACUGGUUGUGGUCACUACUAACAUAAAUGACAGCUUACCAAAACACACUCAAUUUUGCUUCUUAGCAUUUAUGUAUUUUGAUAUCCUUUUAACAUUAUUUAAUGAUGUUUAGGCUUUGUCAUACUUUUAAUUUUGUACAUGUAUAUUUGCUCUUUUUUUAAAAAAAGUAAUAAAUAUGGAAGAUUUAAUUUAGUAUUCCAAACAUAACUCUUCCCUUGCAACAGCAUCCAACAGAAAAUCUGAUGUUUGCUUUGUAUAAUAAUGUGUUUAGCUUUAGUACUACUUAGCAAUAUUCUGUUGAGUUUUACAUGGGAAGCCAGGGUGUACUAAAUACUGCAAAGACCUUAUAUUGAAAGUAUUUGUAUUUGUAUAUGGUUUCUUUGAUAGUAUCUCAUGGCUGGCUUUUUUUUUUCUUUGAGUAGCAAAGCUGUACCAAGAUUUCUUUGUUGGCAUAAUUAAUUGAAAAGCAUAGGCUGUUAUUUUAGACAGCUUAGCACAACAGAAGAGUUGGACCAUAAAUAACAUCUUUUUCCAUUAAGUGUACCUGAAUGUUUGAAAGGGUUCUAAAAAUGGGCUUGAUUUGCCAGUGCUAGUGCCAAGAAGAUGUCUCCUUUUUUCCUGGUCAUACCUUUUUUAAUGCACCUUUAGAAUGUGAGGUUAUGGAAAAGGUGAGAGUGUGUAAGUGUGUACACUUGCAUCCAAACUAUUCAGUACACUGUUUUUGAGUGACUUGAGGGUCACUCUCAAAUUUGUAGUCGGUGGCAUAAAUUUUGUUGUUGUUUUUCCUUUUUACAAAGAAAUGAACAAGGCAAAACCGCUAGGUUCCAGCAUUUCCUCUAUUCUUUUCUGCUUUACCUCAUGUAAUUAUUUUGAAGGAGGAUACAAUUUGUGUUUGUUGGCACAAAGAUCACAUCUUAAUCAGUUGUGGUUGAAGGUGAAAUACUAAGGACCCUUCCCAGGACAAUGUGAAGUAGGAUGCAAUGGAAUAGACUUGGUCCAGUUUCAGGGAGCAGAAGAUCUGGUUGUCAAGGUUGACUUACAGUCAGAGUUGAUUAGUGUGAGGAUAAAUAUUCAUUCUUGGCACUGAUGCCAGUGCAGCUGUGCAAAGCAGAAAAGUGAACUUUGUGGCUCUAUCAAUUCGAGAAGAAUAGAGUUACAGGGGGAGGAGGGUUUUUUUAAAGCAUAUUGUCAAUUUAUCUUGAAUAUACAUAUAAGUUUUUUAAGGAAAUGAUCAGGUUUGAGUUAUAAAGCUGAAUUCCAAGAUCAUUUUUAUGAGGGUUGGUGUGUGUACCUCUUCCCCCAAUCUCUUCACCCUCAUCUUCAUAGAGAAAGAAAUUAUCACAGUGUGCCCAUAAAUACUGACCACAGCUAAAGCUACUCAGGAAUUGGAACAUCAAGCAUUCUAACCACCCCGAGGACUGUGACAGAGUGGUUGAGUGUUCAGUUUUUAGUCCUGGUGGACAGAGUCGUUUCUUGCUCUGUGUUUAGACCACAGUCAAACUUGUUUGCAGAUACCCUGGUCUAUAGUUUGCAUAACAGAAAUUGCUCUCUGUAAAGUAAUAUAAUCUCUAUGCUGCCCAGCAGAGGUUGGUUAUCUUUAAAAAAAAAAAAACCCUUUCUUUGUUGCACUUUUAAAACUAGAGUGUUUCUGCCAUGUAUCAUGUUCUAAUGGGGUACAAAAACAAAAUAAUUCAAAUGGAGUUAAUUCUUACCACUUGAGAAGUGCUUAGCACUUACGUGUUUUCAUUAGGGGUGUUAGCAAAUGAAUAGUAUGAACAGAUUUGCCUCCAGAGUAGGGUCUUGUCCAAUUGAGUUACUUCUCAUUCUGCUGGUAGAUCUAAGGAUCCCCCAGAUACAUAAGAACUGGGGAUAUGAAGAGAUCAGGUGAGAUACUUUCCUUUGUCAUGACCACUCCAAAAAAAGGUCAUUGAUCUUUGUUUUUAAACAGUAACUAAAAUGAAGCUCACUUUGGUUUUCAGGUAACAUAGGAAGUAGACACAUUUUUGCUGUAAAUUGGCUGAUAUUGAAAAGAUUCAAAAUUUGUAUAUACUGAAACUUUGCGAGCAAACUUUAUCUGGGAAGGUAUGGGGUGGGAAGUAAAAUAAGGCAGUGGGGAUGAUGUUUACCACAGGUACGAAGUAGUCACUUUAACAUUGAGACCUCUGCCUCAUUGAAUUCAGGUUUUUUCAUGUAUGUACUUGAAACUCUUCAGAUGCUUAUUUUACAACUUUUUUUAUUUAUAAAGUAGAAAGCAUUGUUUUGUGUACUUCAUUGAGAAUUGGUAGCCAGGUCUCUUACCCUCCUUAACUUUGGGUGAACUUAUGGGUAGUGCAAACGGGAUGUUCAGAGUUGAUGGCUCUGUUUAAUGGAUGCACUUAGGAAGAGACUACUACAUAAGACACCAGCAGCAAUUUAGACUAUUUCCUAUGUUUGUUCUUUAUAUCCAUCAUUGUAUCAAUCCUGUCCAGCUUCCCCUCCCUUUUCCUUUAAUGUUUCUGUGUAACAAAAAUGUUUGCACUUAUAUUACACUCCUAAAAUGCUGGAUGUAGUCAGUUGUGUUUCAGAAACUUCUUUCCGUUUUCUAUCAUAGUCCAUUACAGAGUGACAGACUUGGGUGCUUGUGAUAUGUUUGUGUUUAAAGGAAGGGGAAAAGAAUUUUGCUGAACUUCAGUGGCCUCUAUAACGGAGAUCCUUAAAAAUUAUUCCCAUGUAAACAAAAAUAAGGUAAAAUAAUGUCUUAAUUGCCAAAGCCAUUCAUUCAGUCUUUAAUGUUUUCAUGUGUUUUUUAUUGAAUAAAUCUGUUCAUCAGAGUGGGAGUGCCCACAAUUUCUAAAGCUCCUGCUUGGAAAGACAGACUGUAUUAGGGUCAUUUUGGAGGAUAGCUCAGGUGGCCUAGCAUUGGACCUUUAUAAGGAAUUCUUAAGAGUUUAGAAAUGGACUUGGAUAAUAUUUACUUUCUGUCAUUGAUUUUGAUCGAUAUGUGUAAUUUGUAGUGUUAUAUUCAUAUAAAAAUUAUAUUGCCACUGAUAACCAAGAUGAUAAUGAUUACAACUGGCUAGUGAUGAGAUUUUUUUUGCCUAAGGGUAUAAGCAUAUUUGGGAUUGGUAUGAGAAUUUAAGUCCUUUUGUACCCAUUUUGAAUGAUGUUGCACAAUAAACACAGAUACCUAAAAUCUAGACUCCGUUUUCAUUUCCAUGUGAUCUUCAUCUGUAAUAAUGAUCUUUGUAGAUUUGUUUUCUCUAGAUUUUAUCAGUAACAAACUUUGUAGAUUCUGUGAAAUGUUCUUUUAAUGGAAUCACUUGAGUCUGUAAUAGGAAACCAUCAAUAUUCACUAAAAUCAAUCUCUUAUGAGUUUCUGUGACUUGGAUGGAAGCUUUUAACACUAACAAAUUAGUGUUAAUUUUCCCUGGGGAUGUUCCACUGGGGCAUUACUGUAUUAUGACAUGACUUGAUGUUGCCGCAUUGACUUUGAGAUUUACAAUAUUUUGAGAGUUUUGUUGUUUGGCCUAUGUUCUGUUGCAUAGUGUGAAACAUGUAAAGCUUGGUCAAACUGUAUAUAGAUAGCUUACUGUUGACUAGUGUAUUUAGAAUUGCCUGUAAUAUUUAAUCUUCUUACUGAAUUGAAUGUGUGUGAUGGUAGGAACAUAUAAUUUUUGUACAUUAUAUUUACUGAGAUGUUGCUUUUUUUAUUUUACAAAUACUUUGGAAUUCAGAUGCUUUUUUGCUUCUGUGAGGAUUAAUUUGGAAAGGUUUUUAAUGACAUUCCACUGAUUACAGAUUUUGCUUGAGAUUGAUUUCAAUAAAUUGUUCUGAA